UUGAUCACAGGGCUUGUUAUAAAUCCCGACGGCGUAUUGGGAGUUUAGAGUUACAUUGUAUUUGAUAGUAAUGGCUGACCAUAUAUCAGUUCAGGAUUUUGGUACAUCAAUGUACAUAAAACCAUCCGGCAAUUCUAAUUUUAAGGGUCAGAAUACUGAAAAUCAAAUUAAUCAACGAGGAAAAGAAAACAAAUAUCUCCGGGUCGGAAAUGAAGAGAGGGUCGAUCAAAGAAAAUCCACGGAUUUUGGAAACAUAUCUGUGAAAAAUCUUCAACGAAGUUUGAACUACCAGCUAAAUGAAAAGAAAGAUGAUGUAGAGAACGAUAGACAGCCUCCAACGGACACGGGGGAGUAUCGAGAUCUGAUGCAGGCACAACGCAAGGGGUCUUUAGUACCAGAAAAUAAGGGACAGGAGAAAACGAAAAUCAGCAAAGAAAAAGUCGACUUGAACAAGAGUGUGAUAAUAAAAAAACCAUUGCUGGAUGAUUUUAGUGGGGUUUCCGUCAAGGAUUUAUCUAGUAGUGUCAUUAGAUUGUUUUUAAAGAAAGAAGCUGAUGAGGAGAGGCCCAAAAGCGACCAGGGCGAUGCCGAUUCGUACGAACUUCAACAUAAACACUGCUUGUCUUGUUUUGACAAAAGAUGCUCUAAAAUAAAGGAUUGUCCAGUAAAUAAGUGUAAAAACCAAUGUUGCGAAGCUUUAUUUCACAAAUGUAAACAACGGGAGCAUGAUGAAUUAUGCACAUACACAAUAAUUCGAUGCAUUAACGAGACACUUGGAUGUCGGAUGGAAAUGCCAAGAAACAAGCUAGCAUACCAUCUUCAGCAUUGCACAAAGAUGCAACAACAACAACAACAACCAGAAACGUUACAUCCAAGUAAUUUUGACAAGCGUGUAAGCCGACAUCCUAGUGACCGUUACUCAAGACCAUCUCUCAAGAUUGAAAAUAUACAUGAGCACUGCCUGUAUUGCUUUUGUAUUGACUGUCCACAGCAAAAAGAAUGCGUGAUUAAAAAAUGUCCGAACGCAGGUUGUCCGAUGCGGUUCCAUGGAUGUAAAAUAAAGGAACACAAACGAAUCUGUCAGUUUAAAGAAAUCUCUUGCAUCAACAAACAGCACGGCUGUGAAUAUAGAUUUUCACGAAUUCUUCUGACUGAACAUUUACGUGAAUGCCCCGUCAUGAAUUUCGAAGCUUUGAGUUUGCCACCCUACAAUCUCUUUCAGAACAAAGAACAGAGUCACCAUUGUGAUAGCUGCUUCAGAAGAGACUGUACAGUCCAGGUUGAUUAUAAAUGUGCACUUAAAGAAUGUUACUGCGGCGCAAAACUCCAUGCAUGUAAGAUGAGGGAUCAUUUUGAAAACAUCUGCCCAGUAGAUGUGAUGCCAUGUAUAAAUCAGCAGUCAGGCUGCAAAAUGUUUCUGACGCGUUGUAUGGUGACAACUCAUCUCAUGCAUUGUCCUGCUAUGAAUUGGAGUUUUCGGAAAUUAGAUCCAGAUAGCAAAACUUCUGAUCCAGAUUACCUAACUCCAGUUAGUUCAAAUAAUGUAGAUAAAGGCAGUGACGGCAGUGACGCGCAUAUCUACGAAAAACUCCCGAAACGCAAGAAAAAGAGGAAUAAAAUGAAUAAUUGUAAAGUCAUGUAAACAUUAAGCCAAAUGAGACAACGUUUGUGAAUGUUUGAGUAGUUCAAAUAAUUGUGUCAGCCAAUGCUGUAAUUGUUACUUUGAUUCGAUUUUUAACGUUUACUCAUAAGAAGUGCUCAAAUUAUCAUGGUUGAUUAAUUAAAUAUUGUGGUUUUUUUCAUUAUUAUUCAAUCAAAAAGUAGAGUGAUCGUGUGGAAUCUUAAUGCAUUUAUGUCAACCCUUGCUCACUGUUUAUUUAUAUGUAAUGAAUUGUUUUUCAUAAACAAUAUGUAAUCUAAUGCUGUGGAAACAUUCAUUUGUUCGUUGAAAAACAUUAAGAAAUUUUAAUAAAACCAACACAUUCA